ACUUCUCCUUUCACGUCUUCUCCAAAUUCAAACUCUCAACCUCCUUUUCUAUUUAAGUAAAUGCUACGCUCCGAUCACCCAUGCACCCUUCUCCAUCCCAAUGCCUCACCCUCUCAGAGUCGCCGUCAUCGGCGCCGGCGUCGCGGGCCUCGCCGCAGCCCGCGAGCUCCGCGGCGAGGGCCUGAACGUCGUCGUAUUCGAGAAAAGCGACCACCUCGGCGGCAUGUGGAGGUACGAUCCGAGGACGGACUCCGACCCUGUGGGCUGGGACCCGAGCCGCGAGGUGGUGCACACGAGCCUCUACCGCUCCCUCCGCACCAACCUGCCGAGGCAACUCAUGGGCUUUCUCGAUUACCCGCUUCCCAACCGCGAGGGUGGGGACACGAGGACUUUCCCGGGCCACGAGGAGGUCUUCUGGUUUUUGAACCGGUUCGCGGACGAGUUCGCCCUUCGCGGGUUGAUCCGGUUCGGGAGCGAGGUGGUUCGGGUGGAGCGAGUCGGGGACUCGUGGGUGGUUGAGUCCAGGACUCGUGACUCGUUCACUCGGGAAGAUUUUCAGGCUGUUGUUCUGUGCACGGGUCACUUCACUGAACCCAGGUUACCCACAAUUCCCGGGAUUGAAAAGUGGCCAGGAUACCAAAUACAUAGUCACAAUUAUCGAGUGCCAGAACCUUUUCGUGGUCAGGUUGUGAUUGUCAUUGGAUUUGCAGCUAGUGCCUUUGACAUCUCAAGAGAUAUUGCAAAAGUGGCUAAGGAGGUUCAUAUAGCAACCAGAAGUCCAGAUGUAAAGGUUAUGAAGUUGGCAAAUCAUAGUAACAUAUGGCUGCAUAAAAUGGUAAAAUGUGUAUCUGAAGAUAGUCUUGUUGCUUUUGACGAUGGAUCCUCUGUGUAUGCAGAUACCAUAUUCUACUGCACUGGCUACAAAUAUCACUAUCCAUUUCUUGAAACAAAUGGAAUAAUAACGAUUGAGGAUAAUCGUGUUGGCCCAUUAUACAAGCAUGUCUUUCCUCCUGCAUUGGCUCCUUGGCUCUCUUUCAUUGGUAUACCAGAAAAGGAUGUGAUCUUCCAAAUGACGGAGUUACAAUGCAAGUGGGUAGCGCGUGUUUUAUCUGGUAAAGUCCUGUUACCAACUGAGAAGGAGAUGAUGGCUUAUGUUGAAGAAUACUAUCAACAAAUGGAAAAAAAUGGAUUUCCCAAGCAUGUGACUCAUCACUUGCAUUUUAAAGAGUGACAACACUUACGUAGGGAGUAAUAGUUUGGAGCGGAAGGAGUAAGAAAUAGUUUGUGAAACACAAAAGUAUAAAACUUUUCUUUCUUGAUUAUGUUGCAGUUGUAAGCAACUUUUCUCUUCAAUUCACUCAAACGUAUCAGUCUCUUAUGAAAAAAUUAACAUUUUCUCAUGAAAAUUCAUUCAUACCAAAUGGUGUUGAUUUUCCAAAUUUUUGUUUCCUUUUGUUAUUUCUAGAAUUUUUUGAGAUGGACAAAAUUGAGAUAUUACCUAACAGCAUGUUGAGAUAAUUUUAUUUUGUAUGUGCAAUUAUCGUGUAAAUGUGUUUGGAUUGAGGAGUUUGUUGACAAAGCGAAGGAAGUAAACAUUUUUCAUAUUUGAGAAAUUGUUCUAAUGAGAGAAAUAAAAACGAUAGGUAUCAUGUAGUAAUGCAAUCAUUCCUUAUUUCUUUUUAAAUUUUUAUAAUUUUGUAAAUAUAUAAAAAUGGAAAAUUAUCCUACUUUCAUUCCCUUUAACUCUGUAUUCAACAAGAAGGGUAAUAGGUAAUAGUAUGAAUUUGAGCUUCCGUGAGUUUGUUUGUGAUCCCCAAUAACACAGAUUUGAGGUUUUGUUCCCUGUCCUACUUUCUAUCUAUGAUCUAUGCAUAUCUCUAUAAAUGUAAAACCUGAAGCACGGUUGUCGUGCGAGCAUCUUUAUUUCUUAUUUUAAAGCUACUUAAGCAAAAUAUUAACCUUUUCUUUUGUAUCUUUCCUACAUCACACACUUUCACCUCAUGACAUUGCCAAUGUUAUUAACAAUUUAUUAUGAUUAUCACUUUUUCUUUGAAUCACUUCUUAGUUCUUUCUUAAUUUCCUUUCCAAUUUCUUUGAUAUAGUCAUAGUAAUCAUUUACAUUUC